UCCGCCAGUCAUCCAUUUGUUGUGACAGGUUGAGCUCAGGCGGCGGGCUAUAUCCGUCGUCAACGCCUCCCCGGCGACUGUCGUUACGCAGAGGCGUUCUCUGCGCCUGAUUAGCCGACCGAUGCGGCUGAUUAGCGACAUGUUGGGGAAUCUGUUCCAGGAGGAGGACCUGGUGUAUGGGCCGCAUCCAGCGCCGGCGGGAUGGCAGCAGUCAUCCCCUCUGGGCGCCGGGAGCAGCACCAGCGGCGGCCUGAAGCCUCUAGCGUCGGAGCUUCAACCGCGCGGCGAAAGCGGUUUCGCGGGAUUGAUGAACCAAGGGACGACCUGCUACCUGAACAGUCUUCUACAGACGAUGUUCAUGACGCCGGAGUUGCGGUCAGGGCUGUAUCAGGUUUCUGCAGCGGACCUUGGAAUAGACGUGGGGAUGCCGUUGGACCAGGGAUUCGAUCAGUCGUCGUCGUCGUCGUCAGGGGCAAGCGCAAGGGCGGGUGAUGGGGAUUCGCACGCACGUGCGGGGGAGUUGGCGGGGAGCAGCGCGGGAGUGGUUGUCGUGGGAACGCCUGCGCGAGGUUGCGGCGAGUUGGCAGCUCCUCCGCCCGCCACGCGCCUCAAUGAUGAUGGACUAGGCACUGAGCGCGAGCAGGCGGCGGGUGGGGCAGCUGUAGAGGAGCAGGAGGAGGACCACUGGCGAGCAAGGAGAGGAGAAGAAGGGUCUGGAAGCCGUCACGAUGAAGGAAGUGGGAAGAUGUCAGAGGCCGAGGCGGUUCUUGUGGCCAUGGGGUUCUCAAUUAGAGCGGUGAAGAGGGCGCUGAAGCGACACCGGGGCUACAUGGUCGGGGCCGUGGAAUGGUUAUUGGAUGGGGGUGAUUCGAAUGCCAACGAUGAUGACGUCGAGGAGAGCGGCGAGGGGGGGGGGACAGUGAAAGACAAAGAGGGAGCGUUCGGUCCUGAUGAGAUGUUCCCGGCGAGCGUAGACGUCGGGAGCGGCUUCGUUGAUGAGCGGCGCCACACGGGCGCCGAGAUCUCCGCUCCACUUGCGCCAGAACAACCCUUCGCCACCGCUUCCGCCGCCGCCGGCGGCGCCAUCCCCGCGGUUAGUCUUGGGGAAGAGGAAAAUAAGAGAUGUCAAGGGGGGGGGGAGAUCACGGGAAGCGGAGCAGCACCGGGUAUGGGUGAAGGAGAUGUCAAUUCCCUCUUGUGGAGGGUUGAGUUGCAGGGAGUGAGUGAGAGCGAAAACUGGGAAUCUGUUAACGAUGGGGAUUCAGCGUGCGCUGAAGAUAGGGACCAAUCAUCAGUGGCUAUCGCGGACGUGAACGGUGGCGCAGUAUGCGAUGAUCGCCAUGGCGAUGGCGAUGACAACCGAAGGGAUGGUGAGGAGGAUCCCCCCGUGAGUGGUGGUAAAGGCACCGGGGGGGAGGUGAUGGAGGAGGGAGAAGGGGGGUGGUGUUCAGGCGAGGGGGGAAUUGAAGCGGAAGGUAGCAGAUUUCCGCAGGUCGAUGCCAACAAACGCGGCGCGGAGUCACGUGCGCCGAGGGAAGGGGAGGAGGAGGAGGAGGAGCAGGGAGUAAGCAGCCGGUUGGGAUUGGGAGAGAGCGAUGGUGGGGACAUGAAUAACGGAUUGGUACAUAUGGGAGUGAUGGAGAGCUGGUUGGAGCAGUUAACUGGUGGAGGCAGCGGGGAGGGAGGAGGAGGAGGAGGAGGAGCAGACCCGGGAGUAGCAUCGGGCGACUUGUAUGAGAGUGAGCGAAUUGAGGCUGGGAAAGAUGGUAGUAAGGAAAAGGAGGAGACGACUUGGGAGUCGGGGAAAGGGGGUUUACGUGAGGGCGUCACAGGUAUUUCACGUGGAGGGGAAGGCGGGGUCAAGGGAGGGAGGCAGGGACAUACAAGCAGUAGUAAUAACAACAAACCGAAGAGGAAGGUAAGAAGGGGACUCGCAGAAUUGCAGAAGCUGUUCGCGUGGCUGCAGGCCGUCGAUCAAAAGGCCUUUUCAACGGAGGCGCUGACGAGAAGCUUCGGUUGGGAUGGCGGUGAAGCCCGGGAACAACACGAUGUCCACGAACUCAACCGCCUUCUCUUCGAUGCCAUUGAGCAGUCGCUCAAGGGCACUCCUCAGGAACAGCUUAUUGCGGACCUCUAUCAUGGGACACUUGUCAAUCAGGUCGAGUGCUUGAGGUGUGGCAACAUCAGCGAGAGGGAGGAGGCCUUCGGUGACAUUCCAAUUGUAAUCAAGGGGUUCAGCUCGUUGGAGGAAAGCAUGGCGGCUGCUGCACAAGCAGAGGUUCUCCGAGGGGAUAAUCAGUACUUCUGUGAGCGCUGCCAGUGCAAGGUGGAUGCUCGAAGGUCUCAGCGACUGCGGUGUCUUCCACCAGUCUUAACCUUACCUCUGUGCCGCUUCGAGUACGACUGGCAGAACGACGAGCGCCGGAAGAUAUCGACACAUUUUUCAUUCCCUUUGUUGCUCGACCUUGCCCCAUAUGUUGCUGACUUGAAUACAGAGCAUGGUUCCAUUGGUGCGUGGCCCAUGGCAAAUACUGUGCAAGGUGAAGUAGAGGAGUUAGGAGGUGGGAAGAGUUGCAUAAUGGAGAAGGAUUUGAGUGGGGUGCCCAACAUGGGUCAAAAGGAGUCAGUAUGUGAUGAUACCUAUAAGUACGAUCUUUUGUCAGUGGUUAUUCACAGUGGGAACGCUCACAGUGGCCACUACCAUGCCUACAUAAGAGACCUGUUCCGAACUCGGAAGCGACGGACAUCAAGCAGGGAGGAGCACAGAGAAAGGCAAGGCGAGGCUUGCAAAAGGUGUGUGUCAUCAGUUGGCAUGAACACUACAGAUGCAAGAAAUACUGAUUCGGGCAGCACAAGGGACAAUGAUGACAGGGAGCCACUGACUGGUCCAGCAGGAGGGUUAGACAGAGGGCAGGAUGUUGGAGCACAGCAAGAGAGAGGCCUUUGUGGUGAUAAUGUGUACCAGUUACUUGCUGAGACACCGAAGAGCGAGGAGAGGUUAGCUUGUGAUAGCACCACAGAUGGUAAUCGUUUUGGCUUAUUUAACACUGUGAAAACGGGGGAAGAGUGUUCCUGUAUGCGGCGAGCGGAGAAUGUUGAACAGGAGGUGUCGCCGAGCGAGAGAGGAACCAUCAGUAGCGAAAAGGCGGACGCUGGAGGGGCGAUUCGACUGGAAGAGGAGCAGCAUACUCAGGACGAUGAGGACGACCAGUUGUGGUACGACUUCAACGACAGUACUGUAACUCAAAUGACAGGGUUUGCAAUUGAGAAACAGUUCGGUGGCAGCAAUGAGUGCGCCUACAUGCUGACAUACAGGGCGCGGGCUCCCGCAGGGAGGGCGUGUGAGGUGAUGGAUGAUGAGCCACUUGGGAAUGGCUUUGUUGGCCCAGGGCAUGGGCUGCAGUAUGGGCAUGACAUGGGAACAGCUUGCUCAAGAAAAGCAGAGAGAAGGCACAGUUUGAUGGAUCCAGCAACUCUGGGGCGAGCUGUUCAAUUGCCAUGGCAUUUGCAGGCACUCGUUGAUAAGGCAAAUGAAGAUUUGAAGUGUGAACGGGAGCUCGCUGAUGCGGAGGCUCGCAAAGAGGCCGCUCGUGCAGAGGCUGAAGCAGCUGCUGCGCGGAUGAGGUUGACAGUGCAUUUGCCAACAACAUGUAUUAUUGGUGGGGGCUACUUGGCCAAUAAGCCCGAGGACAGCAGUGACACAGAGCGAGUGCUUGUUUUGGAGAAAAAAUCAACGGUGGGGCAGCUGGCAACGGUUAUAUUAGCCCAGUUUAGUAAGUGGCUGCCUGUGCCAGACAAGUCUCGAAUGAUGCUUUACGUUGUUUCCCCACCUAGGUGCGCUCCACGAGGAAUAGCAGACGGGUUGAUGCACCCAUCAUUGUUUCUUAAGCAAAAGAGUGCUGUGGUCCUCAGGGAUGUAGACGGAGACGAAAGUAGGGAUGGGAGCUUGGGUGAAGGGCUGCAUUUACGGGGAGAGGAUCAUGAAAGACGUGUGGAUAGUAUUGAUGACAAGACUGACAAUAUUCUUUUAGGUGAUGCAAAAGAUAUGGGAGAAGGGGAGUGUGACACUCCUGAACCUGCCUUGUCGACUAGAGAUGAGGUAACUCCCCUGUCAGAUCCUCUGGUGCAAGUGGAAAAGAAAAAGAGCUAUGGUGGCAAGUGUUGUGCGAUGGCAGAGAGCAACAAGGAUGUGAGAGAGAUGGAACAGACUGAGGAAAGAGAGCUCGAGGGAACAGUGAUGCACACAAAAGAUGACCAUCCCUGGCUUGAUAGCAAGGUUAUGCCAUGUGAUGCUGCUGUUCAUGGGCUUGAACCUUUACGCUAUCCAGACUAUGAUGCGUCAUCCAAACCUGGUACAAGGAGUCUGGGUUCUGAUCUAGUGGAUGUGAAUGAGAAGACAUGGGGAUUGACAAGUAAUGCCAUGGAAGAGGAGGGGAAUGAAGAUUUGGGGAACCAGUUGGAGGUUGCAAGUAUAACGAGCUCUGCGGGAUCCAGCAAGAGGGAAGAGAGCGACAGUGGAGCAGGUUUCAUGGACGAGGAAGGUCCUGGAGGUGAGGGUGAGGCAGUAACCUGUGUAUGCCAGAUUUUGGGUGCUCUGCCAACCUUUCGCGCUGCAGCUCGUCUGGUAGAUGUUGGUUUUGUUGAUGGGGGUGGUGUUCUUCCCUGGGACCGAGAGUGGGGCCCACUAGAAUGCUAUGAGGACAGAACUCGCCUCGUCGGUAUCAAUAUCGGCACGAUGAAGUCAACAUGCACUGUAAACGGUGAGGAGGAGCGCCUGGGACAGCCAGUUGGCUGGUCCUCUAGAGUGGACUCGACCGCCUUGGGGCAGGUGAACAGUGACUCUUCAUAUAAGGUUUUUGUGAAGGACUGCACACAAGGCGACUCCAGCAGCUCAUGGGGGCAGAUCCGGGAUGAUCAAUUGUUAACAGUGAUGGCGUCUCCUGACAUGACAAUUUGUGAGCUGAAGGCACUGGCACUGCAGCAGCGGGAGCAAUUGGAGGGUUACAACUCACCAUCUCAUUCCAAUGUGAUGCUUCGGAGGACCACAGCUGGAGGAGCUCCAGCAGAGCCGCUCUCACAGGAGUUUCGGACGUUGAAGGCAACUGGUAUCUGCCAUGGGCAGCUUGUCAUCAUGGAGCUAUUGACUCCCCAGAGCUCAACACAGCCAUCGCUCGAGUCUAGCUUGCAUGGUAAUCUACGUCUUCAUCUGAGUGUAAUUGACAAGGGCGGUACUGUUGUUUUGGAGAAAGAGCCUGUUGACGUAGAAAUGUGGUGCACAGUUGGCGAUUGCAAGGGCUUGUUAACGGCAACAGCACUUGGGAAGGCAAAAUGGCCCUCACCACCUCAGUUCUCACAGGGAAUGGACUUCACCCUUUUCAAGAGUGAUUGGAGUGGAGUGAAGGGAGAGAUGGUUACAGCUGCUGACAGUGUAGAAAUCGAAGCAAUUGGCAUCAGAGAUGGUGAUUUGGUGUGGUUGGAAGAGAGUGCUGCUCCAGAUCUAGAUCGAAUGACUGUGAAGAUCUUCAGAUAUUUUCUUCCUCAUGAAGUGCCAGGCAGACUGGUUGACGGUGCAAUGCUGCGUCCCAGGAGCUCGCCAGGAGAUGGACCUAGCAGGAAGGAUACCAAGGCGAAUGCUGUCCUAACCCUUGAUUCACAGAGUCUCUCAUCAGCCCCAACACCAGCAUCGAGUCCAACAGCUUGCAAAAGGAGAGUGUCAGAUGUCAACAUCCUGGAAGGGCCUUCACUGGAAAAUUCAAUGUUGAAUAGGUGUGGUUUUGAAGAGUGCACAACAGACAAGGAAUUGAAUCAACUCGUUACGGAUGAAGCGAGGUCAAAUGCAGGCUGGUGCGAGGAUGAAGACAUGCGCCGAGCGCUUGCUCUGUCAAUGGAAGGUAUGCAAACUGAGGAAGAGGCCGAUAAAGGUGCAAGGAGAUCAACUGUGGAGGGGAAUAAGGAGGAGAAGGGGAUGCACUAUACCAGUGAAGAUCUGAUCCUUCUGGAGCCAGGAAUACCAGCAGCGUGCAUACAUUUCGUAAGAGAGCUGACAGUAUCAAAGGAUAUGAAGCUUCGAGAACUGAAGGGAAGAAUAGGGGAGCUAGCAGAGUUUUGUUCGCCUUUGAAAGCUUGCAAUGGGAUGCUGAGGGUGCGGGAGAUUAUCAAUGGCAGGUUGGUAAAAGAGUUCCGUCAAGAAGACAAAAUUCUAAGGCGGAUGCAUAUAGGAGAUGGCCGAGUAUUGGCAGUCCGUAUAGUGCCGAGGGAGGAAGCCGUGAAGUGGAUGCUCAGCCAGCCGUUUCAACCUCAGCUUUGCCAAGCAGCAGAUAACCUUGUAUUUGCAGACAACGCUGUCACAGACAUCCGUGGACAUUCAGAUGGCACUCCACUCGCCAUGGGUACUUCAGUUCUGGGCCUGGGCCUGGGCUUGGGCCUGGGCGUGAACUUGUGUGAAGUUGGUCGUUCUGAGGGUGACCAAGGUAGGCCCUCUCCUAGUAGAUCAGAGGUGCAAGAGGUGUCCCCCCAUGCGUUCCUUCUCUGCGUACAUCGUAGGUUGCUGUUGCCUGGGAACAACAGCCUGUCAUCAGUCAGGGCAUCAGAGAUUCAAACCAAAGGGGUGGAGUCUGUCUUGUGUGAGAACAUAUCUGAAGCAAAUGGCUUGGGGAUUAACUCAUCGAGGGGAUCUAAACCUGAAGGUGAGGGGUUCACAAUUCCUGUUAAAUCCGUGUCCUGCACAGCAAUCCCAAGUUUGCCUACGUCCAUUGGUACCACAUGUGGUAUUCCGUCGCCUAUCUCACUUGGUGAUGGAGCAGGGAGUGGGCUGGAAAAGAACAAGCCAGCCAUUCCCUCAGUCAUGCCAGGGGUUUCUGGUAGAAGUGAGGAUCCAUGCUCUGCAGGUGUGGCCUUGUCUUCAGGUACUGUGUUUCCCUCACCAAAUUCGCUGGAUACAGAUACAACCCAUAUAGAUCUGCAUGCUGCAAUGGCUCAGGACUCGGAGGUGCACGUGCCAAAUGAGGAAAGCUGUCAGCAACCAAGUUCUGCUGUAAUGUUUCCGCCAGCAAUUCCGGAGAAGACGGCAAGCCUUCAGCCUGUAGGCUGUGGUUAUCCUUCUGUGGCUGCCAUGGCAGUGUGGGCCCUAGCAGCAGGUGCUGUGAAGCAGCAAGCCAUGUUGAUGGAGUCUCUGCAGUCAGCUGCAGGAUUGGUGCCCUCAAUGACAGCAGAUAGUAAUGCUGAAACACCGAAGAACUACCAACUCAACUGUUGGGCACUAGAAAAGGGAAAGCCAGUGUGUGAACUAGCGGCAUCAUCAAUCACAUCUAUGAAGGGGCCAGUAAGCGCACGUGCACCCAUGCAGAUUUCUACCCUCCCCUUCUCACCUCUGAAGCCAGUCGCUGCAAAAGUCCAACCUCCUCCGCUAAGCUUGAACCCUCCAUCAUUGCCAAUGCCGGCAAAUCACAAUGGUCUCUCCGUGCCAUCGAUGUGUGUGCCAACAUUCCAGGGUCUCCCUUUGCAGCAGUCCAGCCUAAGUAUGACGGCUGCAGAGAAAGGUAAUUCACUGUCCGUUCCUCUAACAUCUUCAUCGUCACUGGUCAUGUCAGCUUGUGAGGCAACCCAAUCUCUCAUUGCACCAUUGUCAUCGUCUUCAGCAGCGGUAUCAGGGGCCAUGGCAGGGCCCAUGGUUGCACCUUCUUCAGGUUAUUUGGGUGGUUUGGACCUCCAAUUAGGAGCAGAAGUCGGAGAAAUGAGCGAAUCAGGACCAGUUGCCGUUGCUGCUACAGGAGCGAUUCCACGACCUCCGCCGCUGCCUGUUGGACAUGGUCGACAAGUUUUUGGCUUCUCGUCCCCUCAAGAGGUUAUCUUUGAUCCAAAGGUUGCAGCACCGACAGCUGGGAUGCUCCGAAGGUUUCUGUCUGACGUAUUCCAGAUUCCUGUGGAAAGACUGAAGGUUACAAAGCUCUUCAAAAAUGGCAUAUGGAAGAUGCUGCCGGAUGAUCCCCCAAAACAAGAGCUGAAGCCUCCAAUCAUCUUACCACGCCCAUGUGACCAUACUGUUAACGCUUGCGACUCGAUAACGAGAGAGGUGAGUCAUGUGGCGGCUAGCAAACAAACUGCGGGGAGCAGCUACAAUUCCUUAGAGACCACUAGCGAUGUGCUGAAUGGGCAAGCUAUCGAGUCAUGGAUUGAUAUGACCUCGGGCACUGAUGCCGCAGUUGCGACAGACAGCGCGUGCAGUCAAUCUGUACUGCAAGAAUCUGGUCAGCUUGGUGGUGGUGCUAUGUUGGUCCACGACGAGAGCCAGCCUAACCCGCCGCAGAUGGUGGGAGAGCAACAGGCCUUUGAGCCAAAAGAUGACAGCGUGGUCAGGGAAGGUGAACAGGCCGAUCAACCCCCACACUCAUUGCCUGAAGUGCUCACAGGUGAGGUUGAGAGAGGAAUGCGAAGUGAACUUUCCGAUGCCGUUUCUGACAAACGAGUGGCCAACGCCAAUCAGGACAGAGGUCCAAUGGUGAAUGCCUGGAACGAAAUACGCGCGAAGACAGAUGGAAGCAAAACCAUGAAUGGGGAUGCACAGCAUAGGGAAAGUGGGGAAAAGGCCAUUUCAAAACUCCCUGAGGAUUCAGCUUGCCAUCAAUUGGAGAGCGGGAUGACGUCAGCAGACUCACACACGGUUCGAACAUGCCAAGAGUCCCCUACGCAGCGAUUGGCGGCCAGGAACAUCAGCUGCUGUGUUACUCAUUCUGGCGUUGACAGCGUUGUGGAAGCGGGGGAGAGGGAUGGCGAGAGUAGGGGUGCAGUCUCAGAGGCUCUUGCCCAUCUUCAUCAGAGUGGGAAUGGCACUCCGCUCACAGGUAGCACGCCCGAAGGAGGAAGUGAGCAGAACCAGUCGGGAAGUAGCACACCCUUCACAAGGGAGGGGUGUUUGCGAGGGAACAUUUCCUUUGGAGCAGCCAGAGGUAAGAGUGGCAGCCUUGUCUUCUUGGCAGAUAUGAACGACUCAGGUAACAGCACCCCACUCAGAGGGGAGACGCUGCACGCAAGUCUGGCCUCUGAUGGUGAUGGCAAGAGCAGCAGUGCUACCUCAUUGCUAGGCCCGGACAUGAACAAGUCGGGAACCAGCACACCCCUCACAAGAGAAACACUCCAGGGAAGCGAUGGCCUCACCGCUAGUUGUGUCUGUGUUCCUGGUGGCCUGAACAUCCGUGGUCAGCCAUUUCUCCUGCGGGAUGGUGAUAUUCUUGUGGUUGCGGACAUCGAUGACAAUAUGUACAAGGACGAUGUCCUGAUGUCCUCCGCCAUGUCAGUAAUUGCCAACGGUGGAUGGGGAGGCACAAAUGCAAAUUUUGCGGGCGGUUUGAUCUCGAAUGCAUCAGCAGGAUCGAAUGGGAAUGCGAGCACAUCGGGUUCGUCAGCUAGUGGAGCGGAGGGGCAGCGGCCAAAGUCGCAACGAACGAGACGACCAGAGGCAGCAUUAAAGAUACGCAUGGUCGAAUACGAGGAGUGAGGAUCAUUGUGGAGCUGAGAAUGUAGCAUCGUCAUUGCGCAGGUGGCACCGUGGGGCAGCAUUCCAGACGGCAAGGAUGAGUCUGGGGAGAGGGACACCGAGCAACAAGACUUCGGGAGGCAGCAUUGCACAUGGACGAGGAGUGAGGAUUGUUGCGGAGGAGCGGAGAACCUAUGGGGCGGAUGCAGGAUUGCACAAAGAGGUGUGCAACAGAGCCAAGAAUGAGUGGCUGCAAUGAACACGUGGCAUGUUUCCAUGCUGUUUUUGUCAUGAGAAGCAAGAUCAGUAGUAAAGGCAACCAUGCUGGAAACUUCGAGAUUCGUAGUAGCCCUCACGUAUUGUAGGAUAGUCGUCGUGCUUCUGUUCCCUAUGGUCUUCAGAGUGCACUUGUAAUGUCAGGAAUAAAUGCAAUCACCGCUA